GAGAAGGAGCAGAGCAGUGUGGGAUAUGUGUAUGCAAUGGGGGCGGUACAGGAGGGUCGUUCAUUGACCACAGCCCUCUCCAUGCAGGCAGGACGACUCCUGGCCCGCAGGCUCUACGGAGGGCACAGUACAACGGUACGGGGACAGGGACUGGGGUUAAGACUAGGAUUACAUUUAGAUGAAGGUUUUUCUUACCUAUAGGUUAAUUAAGGGACUGGUGUGACAGUUAGUGUGUGUAUGUGUGUUCUCAUUCCCAAUGUGACUACAUUAACGUCCCCACGGUGAUGUUCCCUCCCAUGGAGUACUAUUCUACCUGUGGGCUGUCAGAGGAGAACACCAUUCUCAAGUUUGGAGAGGACAAUGUGGAGGAGAAUGUGAUAGGUCUCCAUGUGAUGGGGCCCAGCGCAGGGGAGGUGUUCCAGGGCUUUGCUGUGGCUCUGAGGUGUGGUCUGAUCAAACAGCAGCUGGACACCCCCGUGAGACUCCACCCUGUUUGUGCCCAGGUGUUGACCAACCUGACAAUAACUCAGCGUGCCACUGAUGCCAUGAUGGUCAGAGGGAACUCCUGACGUUAGCCCCCUGCUGUCAAUCACGGUUGCCUGUCAGAACAUCCUCACUGUUGAGUGACGGGCAGCAGGGCAGCUAUCAACCGUCCAAUGACAUCUGAGUCCGGAGCCUGGUUGACAGGUGGGCGGGGACUGACACUGCUGCUGCUGGCCCUAGACACUGGGGUCACUUCCUGUUUACAUGUUUUUUUUCUUCUCUUUUAAACUCUUUCUUUUGCCAUAUUAAUGAACCAAACUUUGAUAUUAACUUGCGGAGGCACCUCUGACACCUUUCAGCUGUGAACUCUGCAGCCCAUAUGAAUACUCAUUAGUCUGUGAUUGUACUGACUUUUAAACUGUCAGUGAUUGUACUGACAGUUUAAUGGCUGCUGAGUAGUGAUAAAGCCCCGUUUGAGCAUUUAAAUACUGUAGAAACACAGUUCAUGCUUUUAUGCAGGGUUCUGUACCUAGGGACUGAAGGGAUUUAAGUGCCGUAAUGAACAGAUCGAGAUUAAAGUAUUAUCAGAGUUAAGGAAUAUGAAUU